UUCAACACAUUUCAUUCUCUCUCUCACUCUGACCCUUGGAGACUCCCCGACGAAGCUAACCCUCCAAAACCCAUCUCCGAUUUUCACUCUCCUCUGUCCCAACUGUAAAAUUUUUGUCUAGAAUGGACUUGGAAGAAGAGUACGAUCCAAGCUACAACGAUGAAGACGAAGAUGAGAUCACUCAAGAAGACGCUUGGGCCGUAAUCAGUGCUUACUUCGAAGAGAAGGGUCUAGUUCGUCAACAGCUCGAUUCCUUCAAUGAGUUCAUUCAGAACACUAUGCAAGAAAUUGUUGACGAGUCCGCAGAUAUCGAGAUUCGACCCGAGUCACAGCACAACCCUGGUCACCAGGCCGAUCUCGCUGAGGCAGAAAACUAUUGGUCACCGUACCAAUUGCAGCAAGUGCAAGUUGGGCCGAGGGCAGUUUUGUGGAGAUUGCUUAUACACAAGGUCCUAGCAGAUGGAAUCAUAAUUUCUGGUCAUUCUCUUGCCAUCGAUGAAUCUAGCAUGAUUGGGGAAAGCAAGAUUCUGUGCUCUAGCAACAAUGAAUUGUACUCUCCUUCACAAGCUCUGGUCAGGACCCAUAUGGUGUGGAAGAAGGACAAGAAGAGAAUCAGGAGAGUGAGGUGCACCUGCUAUUUCCCUUCCCACUGUAGGCAUUCGUAGUGUGUGUGUGUGUUGGGUGGGGGGAGCCAUCCUAACAAUAACUCUUUGGUCCUUGUGGAAACUCAGAAAUGAAUGUAUAUUUAAGAAUGCAGCACCAGAAUUGUAUAUUUUACACUCCAAUUUUAUUUACUAAUUUUAGGAUUGAUUAUUAGGUUGAUAUUUUGUAUUA